AUGGGCGAUCUUGCCUUGGCCGUCGUAGCAGACAUCAGGAUGGAGAAUGAGCCUGAAGACUUGGCUAGUGAUAAUGUGGUGGAGAUCGAUGUGAGUGACGAAGAGAUCGAAGCAGAGGAUUUAGAGAGACGGAUGUGGAAAGAUCGUGUGAGGCUCAAAAGAAUGAAAGAGAGACAAAAAGGAGCUUCUCAGUUAGCUCUAACGAAGGAGACGCCUAAGACAAUCUCUGAACAAGCACAGAGGAAGAAGAUGUCAAGAGCUCAAGAUGGUAUACUCAAAUACAUGUUGAAGCUGAUGGAAGUCUGCAAAGUCCGAGGCUUUGUGUACGGUAUCAUACCGGAGAAAGGGAAGCCGGUGAGCGGUUCGUCUGACAAUGUAAGAGCUUGGUGGAAGGAGAAGGUGAAGUUCGACAAGAACGGUCCAGCUGCGAUUGCGAAGUAUGAGGAAGAGUGUUUAGCGUUUGGGAAGUCAGAUGGGAAUAGAAACUCUCAGUUUGUUUUGCAAGACUUGCAAGAUGCUACUUUAGGGUCUUUGUUGUCUUCUUUGAUGCAGCAUUGUGAUCCUCCGCAGAGGAAGUAUCCGUUGGAGAAAGGGACUCCACCGCCUUGGUGGCCAACGGGGAACGAAGAGUGGUGGGUGAGACUCGGUUUGCCGGAAAGCCAGAGCCCUCCUUAUAGGAAGCCUCAUGAUCUCAAGAAGAUGUGGAAAGUUGGGGUUUUGACGGCUGUGAUUAACCACAUGUCGCCUGAUAUUGCGAAGAUCAAGAGGCAUGUGAGGCAGUCCAAGUGUUUGCAGGACAAGAUGACUGCGAAAGAGAGCGCGAUUUGGUUGGCGGUUUUGAACCAGGAGGAGUCUCUUAUCCAGCAGCCUAGUAGUGACAAUGGGACGUCUAAUGUAACCGAGACGCAUCGGAGAGGGAACAAUGCUGAUAGGAGGAAGACUGUGGUCAACAGUGAUAGUGACUAUGAUGUUGAUGGGACGACAGAGGAUGCUUCAGGUUCAGUUUCAUCUAAAGACAAUAGAAGAAGAAAAGAACAACAACUAACAGUGAGGGAACAAGAUAAAGCAGAGAAGCACCGGAGGAGGAAAAGACUUAGAAUCAAAUCCGGAGCUGUUAAUAGACAGGAGGAGGAGGAGCAAGCACAAGCUGAGCAGAGGAAUGUUUUACCUGAUAUGAAUCAUGUUGAUGUACCUAUGAUUGAAUACAACAUCAACGGUAAUAAUCAUGUGGAAGAUGUUUUGGACCAAAACAUUGCCUUAGGACCACCAGAGGAGAAUGGUCUGGAGUUUGUGGUUCCUGAGUUUGAUAACAACAGCUAUGGCUACCUUCCACCUGUCAAUGGACAAGCUGUGAUGCCUCUAGACGAAAGGCCAAUGCUUUACGGACCAAACCAUAACCAAGAGCUGCAGUUUGGGUCAGGUUAUAACUUCUAUAAUCCCUCUGCAGUGUUUGUGCAUAAUGAGGAAGAUGGCAUUAUCAAUAAUGCGCAAGCACCACCACCUCACAGCAACGGAUUUGAGGAUCCAGGAGGAGUGCUUCAACCCCAUGGAAACGAAGAUGGUGUUGCAGGGACGACGACUGGUUUGCCUUCUCAUUUUCAGAGUGAACAAGAGAAGCUCUUGGACAGUAGCAUUCUCUCCCCGUUUGAUGACUUGGCGUUUGAUAGUAACACCUUUUACUCUGGGUUUGAUUCGUAUGGUGCAUUUGAUGAAGAUUACUCAUGGUUUGGAGCUUAG